AUGAGAGAAAUAUGUGAAGGGGAAGCAGAGGAACUCAUGGGACGAACCAGCGGAUAUGGAGUGGCGAGGGAGAAAAGUAGUGGUGGAAUGGAGAGGGAUGAAGGCAUUCCGAAGAGAUGGAGCGAGUAUUUUGAACAACUUUUAAAUAAUGAAAAUAAGAAAAAGGAGAUGGGGAAACCACAGAGGGUGGAGGGACCAGUGAUGGAGUUACAGGAUACAGAAAUGAAGAGAACAUCAAGUAAAAUGAAGAAUGAUGUUUUGAAAAAGUUUGAGAAUAUCAGUUUGAAUCGUAUGACAGUGCAACGUCGUAUUGUUGAUUUGUCGGGUGAUAUAGUAGACCAGUUGAAGGAGAAAAGUAAACAAUUUGUGUACUUCUCCCUAGCCACUGAUGAAUCUACUGAUGUUACAUCUACGGCUCAGCUACUUGUAUUUGUACGUGGUGUGACAGAGGACUUUUCUUUCAUGAGGAACUCUCAGUUUUAUCAAGUCACGCUCAGCUUUGCAUCACCGGCAAUUCAAGCAAUUUCUGAUGAAAUUGAAGCAGAAUAUGGCGAUUUAGUGUUUUUCACUCAAAUAAGGUGGUUAAGCAGGGGAAAUACGCUGAAAAGAUUUAUCAGUCUUCUGGAUGAAAUUGAGAUAUUUCUUAAUGAAAAGAAUAAGAUAGUACCAGAACUUACAAAUGCUGACUGGCUUUGUGAUUUGUCAUUUCUUGUAGAUCUCACAAGUCAUUUAAAUAACUUGAAUCAUAAACUUCAGGGGAAUAACCAACUUAUUUCUCAGCUAGCCAAUUAUGUGACAGCUUUCGAACAAAAACUAAAAUUGUUUCAGUUACAGAUAGUUAAAGGAGAGUUAGGACACUUCCCAAAUUACAAACUUAUGUGUGAGAAACACAAAGUAUGCAAUAGACAUGAAUAUUAUGCAGCAAAAUUAGGAAAACUUUUGGAGGCCUUUGAGAGCCGAUUUGAGGACCUAAAGAAAGAAGUCAAUGAUUUGAAGUUGUUCAGCAACCCCUUUUCUGUAUCUCCUGAUGAAGUAGAAUUCGAAGCACAAAUCGAACUGAUUGAUCUUCAGAAUAAUGACAGCCUUCGUACCAAGUAUAAUGAAGGGGACUUGCUCAACUUUAUAAUAGCUUGGCCAAAGAUCAAGUUUUCCUUAUUUUGA